UUCUCUCAGUCCUUCAUCUCUCAUCCUUUCUUCAAUCAAGCUUUGCAGCUUAAACCCACCUGAAAAAUCCAUCUUCCCAAACCUCUCAACUGCCUCAAAAUCCGAAGAAUUCAGUUACCAUUUUCAGAGAUCAAACUGCGUGAUCGAUCGAUCUAUCAAUCACCCAACAAAUGGGGAUCUACAUGAACGGUGGUGGUUCAAGCUCAACAACUACAAGCUCAUAUGACCAUGUCCACAAGGUCUUCCUUCUCUGCAAUUACCUCCUCUUGGGUGCAGCCUCAAGCUGCAUCUUCCUCACCCUCUCCCUCCGUCUCUUGCCGUCAAUUUGCGGUCUCUUCCUCAUCCUCCUCCACAUCUUCACCAUUUUUGGCGCCAUUUCUGGCUGCACAGCUGCCUCAUCAGGGACUAACCGAUGGUACGCAGCCCACAUGGUGUUUACUGUCCUAACGGCCAUAUUUCAAGGGUCUGUUUCAGUGCUGAUCUUUACAAGAGCAGGGGAUUUCUUACAGGGAUUGAAAUCCUAUGUUCAGGAAAAAGAUGGAGUGGUGAUCUUGAAAUUGGCAGGUGGGCUUUGUGUGUUGAUCUUUUGUCUUGAAUGGGUUGUCUUAACCCUUGCGUUCAUGUUGAGGUAUUAUGCUUUUGUGGAAGGAGAUGAUGUGAAUGGUAAUGCAAUGAAGAGGAGUGCCAAGGUGUAACACUUGUCAUUGUGCUGAUCUGUUAUUAUUUAUUUAUUUAUUGUAAUAGUUGAUUUGUUAUAUAUGGCUUCUGAUUGUAAUGGAGAAGGUUAAGUUUACUUAUUCUUCAUAAUUGUUGAGCGUGUACAAUAGGUGCAAAAUAUAUUGUAUUCUUGAAUGUGGAUUGAGAUUAUUAAUUUUUGGGUGGUAAUAAAUUAUAUGAAUAACAAGAAUUUUUGGCUUCCUUCA